CCGUACGCGGCAACGCUCUGACGGCUGCGGUGAGUGUGCUCUUUUCAAACAUGGGGAGGUUAUCCGAUUGAGACAGUACUAUGUGGGAUCUCGGUAACCGUGGUGCCGUAGUGUUGAUAAGUGUGACGUGCGGGUGUUUACUGGUCUACAACGCCUGGGGCGCUGUCCUGGCGCUGGCGUUCACGCUGCUCCUUGUGGUGUACGCGUGCUACUCCCUGCUCGCCAACGACAGUCUGGUGUCGCCGCACGCGUAUCACGUUCUCGUCUAUCUGCGGGAGGCGGUGCACGAGCUCGUCGCGGGGCUACGCGCCGUCCACGGCCACGGUACCGGUUACGUGCGUAAGCUCUGGCACAGUGCGAGCCGUUGUUACCGCGAGCGUUUUCCCUCGUUCAGGAUGGAUAGACGACGCGCGGGCAACUAUCAGCUCAGCAGCGACGAGUACAACAGCGUCGCGAGUGCUGUCAGGCGCGUAGAUUCGUCGCCGUUGUCGCCAUCGUCGUCGUCGUCGUCCAGGUUCGGCUUGAUCGAUCAACUCAGCCCGAUCCCGUGCGUCCCGUAUCUACGUUCGCGCGUCCACGAUACGCUCGGGUCGGACAGUAGGCUGUAUCAUGCCGGCGAUUACGAUUGUACGUUGCAUCAACAGCAGCAAUCCGCGCACGGCAAGCACACCUCCACGCCGGUCCUGAAACCCGGCGGCGGCAGAGAGAAUCCCAGGAACGGCGACGUCAAUCCGAUCCCGCAGUCGCGCGGGAUGUCCGCCAAGAAGAUUCUGUCCUCGCUGAACCACGGUGAGAAUGUCACGCAGUUCAGUCCGGAAGGCUCGCCGUGGGGCAUGAGUAUCAGCCCCAAAAUGCGCCCCAGACCAGCCGGCGUGAAAACGGUUCAGACGGUUGCCGGACCGUUAUUAGCAUCGACGAGAUACAAUAUCGAUCCCAAAUUGUACACGGAUGUGUCGUCGCCGGGUCUUACAACGAGGCUAACCAAGUACGCCACGGAAGCGAAGAACAGGCUAACUCAUCUAUCUCAGUAUGGCACUGGGCAAUUUCCGAAAGUUAAUCUCUAUGCGAAUCCAAUUCCUCUGCUGAACGCGAAAAUGACGAAGAUGAGAAUACCCGUAACGGUCAGAGUUGCGCCGCCCGAUGUAACGAAAUACUCUCCGCCUGAGAAGCAAAAGAUUCUAUCUAAUAUUUGCCACGCGGAGAACAGAUCACCCGCGAGCGUUGUCCAAGUCUUACGAGAGAUCUCGUUGAAACGACACGCGUCGACGGACGACGUUAGCUUUGACGUCGCCAAGAAGCAGAGGACGGACUUCUUCAAUGAGGAAAGAGAAUCGAUUUUGGAGGAGAACAAGCAGAAACGAGGCAGGGAUGAGUCUAGGUCCGACGAGGAUCUUUCUCCCCAAAGUAAAUCUGCCAGACCUGCGAAACGUACGAAAACACGUUCCUGUUACGAUAUCUUAAACUCUUUGACAUCCAGCGUCCACGUUGCGGCUGGAGUUAAAAGAAAAGCGGCCGAUUUCUCGCGCAGUGGCACACCCGAAUUCGAAAAGCACUUCAAGUCUCUGGAAAGCACACAGCCCAGUAUUUCUUCUACUGUAUCGCAGUCUCAGAACUUAGUUGUAGAUAGUGGUAAAUCUGAUCCUAAAGAGAUACAUUCGACAAAUCCUGAGACUCUUAAUUCUAAGAAAGUAGAGAAAUUUCCUUUGGUAAAAGGAAUAUUGAAGUCAUCUAAAGAAUUAAGGCUUAAUUCGGAUAAAACGGGACUUGCUCACAAGAUUGGGAGAAACGUCAAUGAAAUUGAUAAUUCUAAAUCCGCUGCACCGGUGAGAUCCGUUACAUUGACGGAUAAACUAUUUAUGAGAGCCGAACCCGAGAGGAACGAACAGUUCAAGUCGCUCGUGGAGGAACCGAGUAGUAUAAAAGUUCGAUUUGCAACGGACAACGUGGAAGAAAUAAAGAAGGAAGAUUUGCGAAAUAUGAGGCAAACCAGUAUGAGAGCCAGGCUCCAAAGUAUGUUUGAUGCAAUAUCAGGGAAAGCAGAGAACAAAAUCAAUCCUGAUGUCGUGAUUCAAGCAGAGGACGUUAACACGGUCACACCGCCGGUCACACUGCCGGUCACACUGCCGGUCAGCUGCGCGACUCUCAAUUCCUCGACAACCACAACAAAUAUCAAUACUACACCGCUGUCCACCGCGGCCAUCAUACCGAGCGGUUUCUCUUCAUCGAGGCCCAGUACGAAAGUCCAAACAAAGUCCGACACAGUUUUCAGCAUACCGAAAACCACGUCGCCAGCGCAGUUGAUUGUGCCAGCAACAAGUAGUCUCGAGACGAAUUUGAUCGUCCAGACGAGUCAAACUGCCGAGCAAACGAAAGUCGUGUCGAUCGCGCCCGCGGUUACGAGCACGGAGAAAUCCUUAGAAAUCGUAUCCUCGGCUCCAAGUAUAGCAGUACCGACUUUUAAUUUCAACAAACCAGCCGCAGAAGCGCCAGCCGCGACGUCGAACAACACUUUGUCGAACUUUGGCAUCGGUACAUACAGCAGCAACACCUUCACGCCACCUUCGUCGAAGUCUACUAAUUUCUUGAUAGCUGAUAAAGCGCCGUCGAGAUCAACAUUUUCACCGAUCAAUUCGAACGCUAUGACUCAAGAAAAAAUCGAGACGAGUAACAUUGUCACGCCAAAGGCAAUCGUCAGUUCGUCCAUCAUCGAGAAUACUCACACUACUUCUAGCUUCACUUUCGGUAGUAACAAACCUAUCUUAUCUGCCGUAUCUACUCAAGCUGCCGUGCCAAGUUUACCGUCCCAAUCUCCAGGGACGACAUUAUCGCCGGUCAAUACAACUACCGCAACCAGCAUCGGCGGUUUUAACAGCGUUGUAAACAGCAGCACAUUGAACAGCGUUACGACUGCCUCAGCGAUCACACAUAUGUUUACUUUCCAAAGCAAUACUACGACUCUGCAAUCUCCGAAGUCGGAUAACUUUACGUUUGGUCAGCCAAAUAGUAACGUUCAAUCGAAGAUAAACGCUUUUGGAAGCCCUGUGAAUAGCCAAGCAACGUCACACCUUACGACUACUUCCUUUAAUUUUACGCCCAACACAUCGAUAACGACCAUCGCAAAUAGCUCGUUCACCGCGAACACCACGACUGCCACGGCACCGACAUUCGGACUAUCGGGCGCGUCCACGUUCUUGCUGGGUACGACAUCCGCUACUUCCUCGAUACCUACUUUAUCCACCAGCAAACCUCUGUUCGUUUUUGGCACUUCCAAUACUCCAAGCACGACGUCUACAGCUAUAGCUCUACCAGCUCCAACUACGAACAGUACGAGCAGCUUGAGUGCGAUAGGCAGUAACGCGAUUCCUGCAUUCGGAGCGCCCAUCACUACCACCACCGUUCCGCAAUUUAACGCGUCUGCGAUUACGGUUCCGCAAUUCGGCACACCUACGACCACCGUUCCGCAAUUCGGCACACCCACCACGUCCAUUUUCGCCACCACGUCGAUCACAACGACGAACAUGUUUGGGACGACCAACAGCAGUCAGCCGCUUUUCGGGACCGCGUCAGGAUCCGGAGCGACGUCGGAAACCGCUGGUAUAUUCAACACCCCGGCGACCGCAGCCUCUUCGAUCUUCGUCUCGACGACUAACGUCGUGUCGUCGUCCGGCAGCACGCCCAGCUCCAGUUUGUUCUCCAAUGUCAACGCUAAUUCGGCUUCGACCACCGCGGCGCCUCCGGUGUUCGGUAGCGGCGCGCCGAUUUUCGGCCAGACGAAGCCGUCGACGUCUUUCGGAACGGCGAGUGGCAUGUUCGGCAGCACAACGGCGCCGUUGUUCGGCUCGACCACGCAAACCGGUCCGACUGCACCUGCGCCCGCGCCCGCGUUUGGCAUCACCGGCAACGUCUCCACCACCACGAUCACACCUAGCUUCGACACUACGAACAACACGACGCCCGCGUUCGGAGCACCUGGCGUGGGCACGGCGACGAACGUGCAGGCGACACAACCGGCCUUCGGCGGUACAACCGGCUCGAUAUUCGGUUCGACCGAUAACACCACCGCGUCAGUUCCCAUAUUCGGAGCGAACGCCACGCCGGCCACUGAAACCUUCGGCAUCUCCUCGGUGACGAGCACCUUCGGCACGCAAAAUCCUCCGAGCCUCACGUUCGGUGCCGCAAGCGCCGGCGGCGGCGGCGGCGGCACCACCACGUUCGGUGACAACAAGUCUCUAUUCGGAGCGACGCCCGCGACCAGCCCGAGCUUCGGCGGAUCGAAUCCGUCUGUUCCGGCCUUCGGGGCCAGUAACGCUAAUAACGCAAGCAGCAGUACAAACAAUAUGUUCGUCUUCGGUGGCGCUCAGAAAGACGGGCAGCAGAACCCGACGUUUUCCUUCGCAUCCAACUUCAACGCUGGAAGCAGUAACUCUGCGGCCGCACCCGCCCCCCCGUUCCAGUUUGGAGCCCCAUCUGCCAAACCAGCAACACCCGGAUUCAACUUCACCGCCCCGCCGGCAGCUCCCACCCUCAAUUUCGGAACCACGGCCGCGCCGACCUUCAAUCCCUCGACGCCCGGCAUGUUCAGCAUCGGAAGCGGAUCUACCGCGCCGCGAUCUAGAACAAUUCGCUCGCGGAAACCGAGAUGAUGGAGAAUGUAAAUGCCGCCUGUCCGAGUGCAUAUAUUUUCGGUUGAAAUACAUAUUCGAAGUGUUUGUUCAAUUACAUUCUUUUAUAUAUGUAUAUGUAGCGUCCCGUGUGUAAAAGGCAUACAUUCGACAUGCGUAUGUCGCAUUUCGAUAUUUAAUAUAAUUUGAUAAAUAAAUCACAUGACAGAGAGAUUGCACAUACUGUGGGAAGAUAAUAAUUGCGAAGUACUAGGCGGUCUGAUCGCGUUUUAAAAAAAUAAAAACGUUCGGUGACGGUUGCUAAGCGCAUCUCUACUUUGUAUAUAGCGUAUAUCCUGUAAUACUACAUAUAGGAUGUUUUAUCUAAUCUGAUCAUCUGCAAUAACUUUGUCACCUUUAGUGAUAUCGAAAAAUAAGUAUAAGGAAGAAGUUAUUUCGAUUCGAAAAAACAAAUAUGCUCUCGUUCAUACGUGCAAUCAAAAUUUUUUUUAUUAUACAAAAGUAUUAAGGCAAAUUGUGAAAAAAGAUUAAGAUGAAUGUUUCCUCUGUGAUUUUCUUAUGAUUUUCAUAUAAAAUGUUAAAUAUAUCCGAAUAUAUAAGAUAUAUAUAAAAUAAUCACUUUU